UUCGGCGGGCGACUAACCGAAUCAGUUGAGCCGUUCCAUCCGCGGUGCGCGCAAGUCUCUCGGCCGUCAGCGACCCGCUCUUCGACGUUCAUGUCAACAGCUGAUAUCUGUUGAAAAGUGUGUUGACUUUUAAACAAUAAUUAUCCAUCUUUUUUUCACAAAUUUUAAUUUAAAAAAAAAACUCAAACCUAUACACGACCCGUUUUCGCGCACGCCGCAAUCCCAAUAAAAACAACACUGCAAGACCAUGUCGACCGCCUUGCUUAGAUUGGCGGCGAUGACCGUUUUUUUGCUCGCUUCCGCCACCGACAGUAUGAAAAUCGACGACACCGACAGAAACAACAGGCUCUUCCAGAGGGACUCCGCCGCUGCCACAGGCACAGAAGAGCUGAGGUGCUAUUGUAAUCUAUCAGAGUGUAUCAUCAACGGUUACAUGUGCAAAUCGUCGGGAGCCGGGUGCUUUUCCGAACUUGAACGGUCCGAAAUAGGGCUGUACGUGCUCAAAGGCAUUUACGGAUGCCUGGACUUACUACCGCUAAACAAGAGCUGCGAUGAUAUUUUGAAAACUGGUCCCGACGUUGAUCCGUACCACUGUUGCACUCAGGACAUGUGCAACGACAACAUCGCCAUGAGUCUGGGCACGAACAAAUACUUCUCUUUGCCGGCGACCUUGAAGGAAGAAAGCGGCAGCACCGAUCCGAUCAACGACACCAGGACCGUCUGGCUGAGACGCAACACGUCCGUUUUGUCCAACACCGAAAUGGAAUGGUUCGAGACGAUGACGCUGUUCGUGCCCAUAUGCGGUGCCGUGGCCCUGUUGCUUCUCAUCUUUAUCGCCUUCAAGCUUCUCAAGUCCAGCAAUUCCUUGGACGACGGAUCGCUAGUGUCUAAAAUAAGGCCCAACAAGAUGAACUACGGUUUCACGAUACUGCCCAACGGCGGCGGCGCAGCCGGACAGGACGACCUGCACCGGACGUCCGCCAACGGUUACCACAAGUGUCUGCUGCAGUCGAAAAUGCGUCCGACCGACGUUUACCGGCCCACCACGUACGUGUUCGCCGGCGUCGCGCCGGCCGAGAAGAACGCGGCCAACGCCAACGCCAACGCCGCCAACCGCAUCGACCUGACCAAGCACAGCCUGAUCGCGCCCGUCAACUGCCACUACGAACAGCCCGCGUCGCCGCCACCGAUGUACACCGCGUUGGACACCGACAGCCACAACAACAACAACAACAACAACACUCAGCCCGGAGGCCGUCGCAUUUGAAGGGGAGGGUGGCGUUCAGCGGAAAAAUCUGCCUCAGCGAACGCGUUUUGUCUAGUCUAAAAACAAAAAAACAAAAUAAAAAUAAUAAUAAUUAUUAUUAUUAUAAUACCUAUCCAAUAAUGAAAAAUCUACCCGACUCGCGAUAUAUUUUUUUUUUCAGUUAAGAAAAAGAAAAAUUACUGGUUUUCGUUUUUCCACCAUUAUCUAUCGUUGUUAUAAUAACAAUAUUCACCGCGCUAUAUUGUUAUUGUUAAGUAUAAUAUUAUUAUAUUUUUGUAUUAUGUGUAUACUUGUAUUUUUAUGUAAUAAUAUGCUAUGUUAUAUGUUGUCCGCGCUACGCAUAUAAUAUUAAUACACAAUAUUCUGUAAUUCGUUUCGCCAGCAACGCACACUAUAAUAUAACAUCACUUAUAAAUGUAUAAUAGUAUACCUAAUAUCGUUUCCACCUAUAUGACACAUUGUGUAUAGCCAGGGCGGUUUGAAAUAGAUGCAAUUUUCGAAUAAUUAUCCUCCCUCGCCUAGCUCUUCAGACCGCCAUUGUUGUGCGAUUUCGCUUUUACAUCACAACACACUUUAAUAUUAUAAUAUACACACAACUGCAGUGUAGGUACGAUGAUAAUAAUUGGGUAUUUUGAUGAUUUGUAAAAAUUCAGUUGCAGCUUUUUGCCGGCUAACCGAUUUGUUUUGGCCUGAUGGUAGGUUAAAUUCGGAUGAAGGGAUUGUGUAGAUUUUUGCAAUAAGGUUAUGACGCCAAUGAUUAGUUGAUAUCUCCUCAUCUGUUGGCAUAUUCGUCCGGAUACAGCACACGGUAUAAAAAAAAAAAAAUAUUCACCAUUAAGACUGAUCGCACAGGGUAGUUGUAUUCAGAAAUUAAUUAAUUAUAUUACUAUUAUUAUUAUUAUUAUUAUUAUUAUUAUGACUAUUAUGACUAUUAUUAUAUGCGUGUUAGCCGUCGCAUCACUUUUAUGUUCUAUGUUUCACCCAUUUUGUUUUUAAUUUGAUGAACUGUAUUUUUUCUUUUUUUUUUUUCUUUUAUCCUUAUAUGUAAAUAGAAACGAAGUUAUAUGGUUACUUGAAUUAAUUAUAUACGGCUAUUAUAUACAUAGAAUGUACAUUUUUAUUAUAUUAUAUUAUUUUAUCUAAU